AUGGCAUCGAGUCCGCGAGCCGGUGGCGCUGCGCAGCGCCCGAAUGGUGCCACACAGAACAAAAUCUGUCAGUUUAAGCUCGUGCUGCUGGGUGAAUCGGCGGUCGGCAAAUCCUCGCUGGUGUUACGCUUCGUCAAGGGCCAAUUCCACGAAUAUCAGGAAAGUACGAUCGGUGCCGCUUUCCUUACACAAACCCUCUGCAUCGAUGAUACGACAGUGAAGUUCGAGAUUUGGGAUACUGCUGGACAGGAACGGUAUCACAGUUUGGCGCCCAUGUACUACCGAGGCGCACAGGCCGCGAUCGUGGUGUACGAUAUUCAAAACAGUGAUAGCUUUGCGAGGGCCAAAACGUGGGUCAAGGAGCUUCAAAGACAGGCAUCGCCAAACAUUGUGAUUGCAUUAGCCGGUAACAAGGCCGAUCUGGCGAACAGUCGUGUCGUAGACUACGAGGAAGCCAAGCAAUACGCGGACGACAAUGGGCUACUAUUUAUGGAAACAUCCGCCAAGACGGCCGUCAAUGUGAAUGAUAUAUUCCUUGCAAUAGCUAAAAAGUUACCCAAGAAUGAGGGUGCUGGACCGCAACAAAACAUUAGACCAACGCAAAACGAAACCAACAGGCAGAACAGCGGCUGCUGUGCUGUGAGCAAGUGAUGUUAUUCAGCAGCAAAUGGACUGUUGAAGAAUGCGUGUGAAAACUGCUGCAUGAAAAAUUGUAUAAUGGUAAUUAUCGUUAUGUUGAUG